AUGUGGUUUAACAAAUCAAAUGGCAGAGAAGAAUACGAACUUGUAAACCAGGCACAAAUUGACACAGAUCUAGAAGGUCAAAGUUCAGGACUCCAUUCGGUGCCUACCCCUAGUCCUAAAAGUUCUAGUGAGUCACUGUCAUCAGAGAUAUUUGAGAACAUAGAUGAAUAUACUCAAAGGAAGGAUGAUAGAGAUGAUUUCAAUAUUAACCCUAAAUUCCAAACGGUAUUAUAUAAAUAUAAGGCCAUUGGAUCAAUGAACAAGAAAGUCUGUGCGUUAAUAAGUGGUUGUGUGGCAGCAUUGUGGGUAAUAGCAUUAAUAGUAUAUUCGCAAGGUACAGCUUUAUCUAUUGUUUCUGAUUUGAAAUGGAAGACAAAUAUAACUGUGAGCGGUACUAAUGUUACGUUAAAUCACUACGAUCCUACGAAUCAGAACUUGACAUUGGAACUAUACAGAAAAGGCACAUUUUUCCCAUUCAAGGAGCAAGUCGAAUGGCUAAAUAUCAAGCAGAAACCAGCGCACAAGGCGCAAGAUGGAUUCUAUUUAUCGCGAGGUUCAAAAGGAAGUUUCGACGUUAAGCUGGUGAAUAGAGAGUCAUCAAGGACAAUAAUAGAUAACAUUCAAUUUUCUUACAAGAACAAUUUCCUUACUAUUGACGAAUUGAAAUUGAAUCCAGGGAAAUCAAUAGAUGAAGCUGCAAACUAUCACAUAGUAGUAUCGAAUACACUAUCGCAGUGGAGACAUCUGAGUUUUGCUCUCUACUGGAUUUAUAACACUGAGACUAUGGAGUAUAAACCGAUUCAACCACCAAAGAAACAAGAGUCGCAGAAAGAAGAAUCACCGUUAGAUCAUGAGCGGCUCAAGAAACUUCAUUUUGCAGAGUUUUCACCCAAUGGUGAUUUCAUAGUUUUCGGGUUUAAUCACAAUUUAUAUUUGCAGAAUGUGGAAUCUAUGGAAGUAAUAGAAAUCACCAAGAAUGGAUCCCCAAAUAUCUUUAAUGGUAAGCCCGACUGGGUUUAUGAAGAAGAAAUAUCAGCUGAUUAUAAGCUCUUUUGGUGGUCUCCUAAUCAAGAAAAUUUAGUAUAUGUAUCAUUAGAUGAUUCAAAAGUCAACGAAUACGAUCUAGACUACUAUAUUAAAAAUUCCGAUGAAAUCGGGGACACAUAUAACGAAUCAGAAGAUAAAACAAUAGAUAAUGUCAAGCAAUAUCCUACUAAAAAAUCAAUUAAAUAUCCAAAACCUGGAACUCCAAUCCCUAUAGUAUCUCUCCAUAAUUUUAAAUUAACAACGAAAGAAUCCACCAAAUUAACAAUUGAAAAUUCAAGCUUAGGGGAUGAUUUUUUAUUUUAUGACGGACUUUGGAUCGAUGAUAAGAAUUUCCUUAUGAAGCACACUGAUCGUACAAGUAAAAUCUUGAGUAAAAAAUUGUUCCAGCCUGAAAUAUCAAACAAAGUCGAGGAAAUAAAUUCUGUAAAUGUUUCUAAGGAAUACGAUGGAUGGGUGGAAAAGGUUUCGCCAAUGACAGUAUUUCCUACUGAUAAUGAAGAAAAUAGCUAUGUUGAUAAAAUAGUUGUUAAUAAGCGUACACAUUUAGCCUUGUUUGAAAAAGCAGCCUCGCAAGACCCAUCAAGGAUUUUGACUGAUUCAAACAACUGGGAAAUUAUUUCAGACUCGCCAGUAGUAGUUGAUAAGACAGAAAAUAUUGUUUAUUGCUUGUCUACCAUGAGGAGUUCUAUGGAAUCGCAUUUGAUUGCAGUAAAGUUGGCCACUGAAAGUAGCAUAAAUAUCGUUACAGACGUAAACAAGGAUGGUGUGUAUGAAAUCAGCUUUGACCAAGACGGACAAUAUCUAAACUUGAAUUAUAACGGACCUAAUAAUCCUUGGCAGAAGUUAAUAAAUAUGGCAGAUAUCCAUAAUAUACUUGAAUCCAGAGAAAGCAAGGAUAAGGAAAAGUCUGUCAAUGAUUUAAUAGAAAAGACCAAACCUAUCAAUCAUGUCGAAGUAAUUGAUGGUUCCUUGAAAAUGACUAAUAUUCCUACGAGGUUAUAUAAAACAGUCAGGGUUGAUAAAUUUCCUGACAAGUCCCCAGUAAAUUUGAACGUUCUUGAGAUUCUUCCACCUAAUUUUGACCCUAAUAGCCACAAGUACCCUUUGUUGGUUCAUGCCUAUGGAGGACCAGGAUCACAGACCGUUGAUAAACGAUUUGGCAUUGAUUUUGAAGAUGUGGUAAGUGCGAAACUCGAUGCAAUUGUUUUAAUCAUAGACCCCAGAGGUACAACCCAAGAUUGGAAAUCAAGAGCGUUUGUAAGCGGAAAGCUUGGUUAUUGGGAGCCUAGAGAUAUUACUACUGUUGUUUCAGAAUACAUUGAAGUCAAUGAGAAGUUUAUAAAUAGAGACAGGACUGCGAUUUGGGGAUGGUCAUACGGUGGGUUUACAACUUUAAAGACUUUAGAAUAUGAUCAUGGUGAAACGUUUAAAUUUGGUAUGGCAGUGGCUCCUGUUACGAAUUGGCUAUUUUAUGAUGCGGUAUAUACAGAAAGAUAUAUGGGUUUACCCUCAGAGAAUGACAACUACGAUAAAACUUCCCGCAUAAAGGAAUUCAAAAACUUUGACUCUGUUAAGAGGUUUUUAAUAAUGCACGGUAUGUCUGAUGAUAACGUACAUUUACAAAAUCUGUUGUGGUUAUUGGAUAAGUUCAAUUUGAAUAAUUUGGAAAACUAUGACGUCCAUUUCUUUCCUGAUAAUGAUCAUUCAAUAUACUACCAUAAUUCAAAUCUUAUAGUAUACGACAAAUUGCUUCACUGGCUUUUUGAUGCAUUUAGUGGUAAAUUCGAUAACUUCGUAUAG